GCACACACAGGCGCGCCGGCCGGGACGGCACCACCGCCGGAGGCGGUGUAUCCUCGCGGCAAGAAAAGCAGCCCUGCCAGCUAGCCCACCGAGCCAGUCGCUUCCUCAGCCCGCGACGGUGUAGACGUCGCGGACGCGCACUCGUCGUCCGGUCCUAAUAACUGCUGGCGAGCCACGACAAUCAGCGCCCAUCGCGAACCAUGGUAACAACACCGGGGAGCGGCAAGUCGACGACGACCGUGGUAGGCCCUGCCACUGUCCUCGCACUGCUCUUCAUUGCAGGAUACACCGGCUGUGUCGCGUCCGGCCCAGGUGAGGUGGUGUUCGAAACCGACGAAGGCAGCAAGUGUGCGCCGACCGAGCCGUACUGCGUGACUGUGGACAACUGCCCCAAGGCACAGAGGGACAUCCGCCGUGGUCAGCAUCCCACGAUCUGUGACUGGCGUGGAACCGUUUCGCUGGUCUGCUGCACGGAGCCGACUUCGCUGCCUCCGGUCACUCCAGAACCUCAGUCUCCCGUGGAACCUCCCGUGGUUCCGCCCGUAGGACCUCCUGUAGAGCCUCCUGUACAGCCUCCUGUUGAGCCACCUGUACAACCUCCCGUUGAGCCUCCCAUUGUGCCACCUGUGCAACCUCCUAUCGAGCCUCCCGUAGAGCCUCCUGUGGAACCUCCUGUGGCUCCACCCGUUAACACACCUCUGCCAGAGCCGAAUCCUCCGACACCGUUGCCAGGGCUAUCUUCUGUGGACGGCACUGGCUUGCCCGAUACCCCACCUGGUGGAACUUCGGGUGGCCGCGACACCUCUGGGGGUGACGACUGCGACUGCGAAGAAGAGAAAAGGCCGCUGCCAGUCAGGAGUUGUGGAUUGCGGCCUGAGGCGACCGAGUCAAGGGUGCGACCAGCGCGGCUACUCUUCGGUGAGCCCGUCUACUCUCUGGACGCCCGCAGGGUUCGAAGACCUGGACUGAGCAAGCGGCGGCCGCUCAACGCGCUGUCGCUGCUCCCGCGCCAGCAGCUCAACCGCCAGCCGCAACAUCAGCAGCAACAGCAUCAGCAGCAGCAGGCGCUGUCGUCUACGCCCGAGAACAUUUGGCCAUGGAUGGCUUCUGUGGUGGACCAAGUGAACCCCGCGAGACGGUGUGCCGGCGUGUUGCUCGACCAGCAGCAUGUACUGACAGCUGCUCAAUGCUUUGGACCUGAAAAUGGGAGCAACAGCGCCGUGAUGCUGAACAUUCCGAACGCGCCGAUCACACUCCGACGAGUGGUGAGUGCCGAGGCGCACCCGCACUUCCGUGUCCCGGACGGCUACCACGACCUGUCCGUGGUGCGGUUCGAACCUGCACUCGGUCCAGGACAACUAGUGCCUAUCUGUCUGCCCAAGGUACUUAACGCCAGGAGGGAGCUUAACGGCAGCAUUCUCGACGCCGUCAGCUGGUCCAACCGACAGAGGGACUUCCACCCAGGCUCGAUGGGCGAGAAGCGCUAUCAGGUGAUCAGCGUGUCCAGCUGCAACAACACUUACGCCGGCGUCGAUCUGUCCCCGUACCCGGCAGGCAUCAGCCAGGAAGAUUUCAUCUGCACCCAGCUGACCACAAACGUUGGCGACGAGUGCGUGGGCAUCCCUGGCAGUCCGCUGAUGGUGCAGGAUGGAAAACACUGGACCGUAAUAGGGAUGUACAGCUUCGGUGUGUCCUGCAGCGGCACGGCGCAGUACCCGACCGUGUUCACGCGUGUGUCUCCGUACGUCACCUGGAUCUACGAGAAGAUUGGACUGCGCUAAUGAACGUGGCAAGGAAACGGACACGUUGGCUUACUGUGUCGAGUGGGAGUCACGCCGUUACUCUUCCGACCAGUCAGGCGCCGGUUGGCAACUAUACACCUCCUGCUAACGCUCGCGUCACGCGCUGGCAAGUUCGGAUAGUCGUAUUGAGAUGGGUUAUGAUUUCCUAGAGCAAUGAGCGUCAGAGAGCUCGCGACAGCGCCUGGAGGAAGCUAUGAGUUGGCGUAAGCAACUACGCGGCAUCUGUCUAUGUUUAAUCACACCGCCAUUGAAACUAGCCUCCAGCAUUCACUACAAGCGCUGUUGACUUUUCGUCGUGAUGAGGGCGAAAUGCAAAGACACUCCUUUCUGGGUGUCACGGGUGUCAGAAUGAAUCUGGUGUCCUCCCCUACCGAGUGCAUUAUGGUUAUGUCGUGGUUCAGCCUCGCGAAACCCCACAGUUUAUAUUUCUACUUAAUUAUUAUCUAUGGAAGGGACCUCAAACUCUCUUUAUAUAGUGGGCGGCAGUCACAAAAAUUAGUACCACAAGAGUCGUUACAGUGAAGACAGUAAUGACGGGUGAGGGUGGUGGCGUGUGCAGAUAUUGAACAGAAUGUCACCUAACGUCGCCAUUUCAAAGAACGCCUUCUCCUUGUUCACAUGGACACUUUGACAAGGGUAUGUAACGUGAGGUAUCAAAAGACAUGCAACUAUUGAUUUCCACAUUUACACAAAAUCUGGAUGUCAACUCUAAAAUGACGGUGACGUCACCGUGGAACUAAGUCAACUCCAUAUGGUCACUAAGUGAACUCAUAGUAACCGCACAAAGUGCCCCACGCAAAAAAAAAAAAAGUUUGACAUCAGCCCCAUCUCUGCAGCUUACCCGAACAAAGCGUUAUUGAUUGCAAUAGGCGAGACAGUAACCGAAUUGUCAUUUAGUGAAAUAUUAAAAUAUUACGUCCUGUAAAAACGCGGGCCGCUAGCGAAACCUCCGCUGGCCACCUGUUUGAAAUCCAACCUGAUUUCCCUGUAAGUCAUAAUUCCUAUAUGUAGAGAACUCUGCAGGGAUUAAGAAAGAAGUGGACCAUGGCAUGCUCGAAUUUCAUGAAGAGGCACUUGAACGCGCAUGGGCACCUAGGGUAUACGGACUUACGAUUGGACGCAGGCUCGUCCACGCACGUCUAUCAGCGCUUAUGUCUGUACAGCAUUGCAUUAGCCGAUAAGAAAAGCCUGAAAUUAUUUACACAAUAUUCCUACGUACAAUUUUUCAUGCAGCCGUCGAACCUGGCCCAUUAAUACUACCCAAUCUUCACUACUUAACAGCUAUUUUAACAAACCUCAAGGAAAUGCAAGUAUGCUUUAGAGUUCGUGUUCCAACGUUCAGGAAUACUUACCGGCCAAUUGUUGAGGUGUUAAUGCUUCAAAUCCCACAAUCGACUAUUUCUGGGCUUCCAGCGUGUGACCAAAAAGAGGCGCUCUAGAGACCUGCGCAGGCCUUUUUCAAGAGGUGUGUCCCGUGCACCAAUUUGGUACCGUGGCCUCAUACUGCACCGUCGUCUUCGCGUUUGGCUGAACCGCUGGUCCCUUCGGCGUGACUCAUUAAGGCCCGUGAUUCUGUGAGCAGCCAGUGUGAGACUGAAACUGAUGGAAGAUGGAGUGACUGCUGCUAUUGGUACUGUUGAUGGUUGGUGAUGCAAGUGAACGUUUGGUGCUGCUGGCAGUUUAUUUAUAUUUCUUUCGUGUAAAUAAAAACAAGACCUGUGUUGUCA